AUGCCUUCCAGUCAGGGAUACAGCAAAGUUGCAUCGGAACCUCCGAUCGAUCCAGUGGACGGGACAGUCAGUAUGCCUUCUGGAGGGAACGCUAGUAGCGGUGCGGCCACCGCCAUGAUGGGGACAGUACCUCCCAGUGCUGGUAGCGGCAUUCAGUCCAAUCCGGCCGGGAAGAUUCCAGCCACCAACUCACAGCAACGCCUAAUGCCCACGGAUUCCGAUUCGGUAACAUCGUCGAUGGACGAAGGCGAACUGCACGAGGCACGGGGGAACCAGCACGAUGAAGAUACGGACACAGCGACUACAACAACCACCGGCACGAUCGGUGCCAAUGCGUGGUUCACGGUGAUCGUGCUAUGCUUUGUCAACCUCAUCAACUACAUGGAUCGGUUCACGAUUGCGGGUGUGCUAACAGAGAUACAGGAUCACUUUAAUAUCGGUGACGAUGAGGGUGGCCUCCUGCAGACCGCGUUCGUGCUGUCCUACAUGAUUUUUGCGCCAGUGUUCGGCUACCUGGGCGAUCGGUACUCCCGGAAGUGGAUAAUGGUGCUGGGCGUUUCGCUCUGGAGCACGACCACCCUGCUCGGGUCGUACAUGAACCAGUUCGGAUGGUUCAUCACCUUCCGCGCGCUGGUCGGCAUUGGGGAGGCAUCUUACAGUACGAUCGCGCCGACCAUCAUCUCCGACCUGUUCGUCGGUGAGAUGCGCUCGAGGAUGUUGGCAUUGUUUUACUUCGCUAUUCCGGUCGGAUCGGGUUGCGGGUACAUUGUUGGAGCUAAAAUGGCAAGCCUUAUGAAUUCGUGGGUUUGGUCGCUGCGUGUGACGCCGGUGCUCGGUGCGAUCGCGGUCGCCCUUAUCAUAAUGCUGCGGGAUCCACAGCGUGGUCAGAGUGAAGGUACCCAUCACAUGCAGGCGACCUCGUACAAAGCGGAUAUCGCCGCGAUCAUUCGCAACCAUUCGUUCAUGCUGUCGACGGCUGGCUUUACCUGUGUGGCGUUUGUGACUGGGGCUUUGGCCUGGUGGGGACCCAAAUUCAUUCAUCUUGGUCUAAUAUCCCAACCGGGCAAUGAACAUAUAACACUGAACGAGGUAUCGUUCGUAUUCGGUGCCAUUACGAUGACGACCGGCAUUAUCGGUGUGCCGCUAGGAUCGUACCUGUCGCAGCGCUUGAACGAGAAAUCCGUGAAGGCCGAUCCGUACAUCUGUGCGGUCGGUUUGUUGCUGAGCUCGCCGCUGCUGGUCGGCGCGAUGUUCAUGGUGCGGGUGAAUAUUUACGCGACGUACGCGCUUAUCUUUUUCGGCGAACUCGCCCUCAAUCUCAAUUGGGCGAUCGUAGCGGACAUUCUGCUGUAUGUCGUUGUGCCAACGAGACGAUCAACUGCGGAAGCUUUCCAGAUUCUUAUCUCCCAUGCAUUCGGUGAUGCCGGCAGUCCAUAUUUCGUGGGUGUGAUAUCGGAAGCCAUCAAACGAGUAAUUCGUGUGAGUGCGGACGCAUUAUCCGUCGACACGUACAUGAACCUCGAACCGACGCAAACAAUAGCCGUUCUGUCGCAGUUGGCCGAAAAUACUACCGUUGGGUUGCUCCAGUCCGUACCGGAUGAUGAUCCACCGCUGAUCAAGUUCCGUGCCCUGCAGUACGCAUUAUUUAGCACCUGUUUCGUGGAGAUACUUGGCGGUGUGUUCUUCCUAAUUACAGCGAUCUACAUCGACCGGGACCGGGCGCGGGUACAGGCUGUUGUUCUAGGUUGUCAGCUUGAGCUAAGCGAAAGUUCCGCAUCGGACGGUAACGGUACGGACGAUGGGCAACGUUCACCCGUCGGCCCCGGUACGAGCGAUAACCAAUCAAACAAUACGUCAGAGCACCGAUUAGGUGGAUCGUUACCAAGCGUUCAGGAGGAGAUCUAG